AUGAAUGUCGCUCGUCAAGUUUUGUCAACAAUCACCCCAAAACCCUCCGUCUUUUCCAAAGGAGGACACAAUCUCUAUGAGACCUUGAGCGUUCUCCCUAAUUAUGGCGUUGGUAGCCGAGUGGUACCAAACAAGUUUCUCAACAACCCCACAUUAAACGACAGUUAUUAUGAGGUUACAAAGGUUCACUUAAAGCCUGGAUUAGCACAUGGCCGUGCUUGGGGCGUUCAGGUUCUCAAGGGUCGUACUAUGGCUGAUGGAAAACCUGUGGAGAUUAGAGGUGGACUCAAGUUCAAGUGGACUCAAGCAUAA